AUCUGAUGUACCUUUAGCCCGAGCUGUUACUGUCCCAGAGCAGGGGAGUAUUUCCCUGUCCACAGGGUCACACCAGCCGCAGAGACGCAGCGUGGCAGGAGACAGGGUGCUGCAGCAAAGGGGCCUGGGAAGGGCCAAGCUGAAAAGCAAGGGGAGAAGGCUCGCCCUGCUUCUCAACAAGCCGAUCGCCAGACCACCGCAGGGCGCACGGCCCUGCACUGCCACCAUGGAGGGACCCCCCGAGAACAUCCCGCUGGAAGGUGGUGGCUGGAGCCAGGCAGCACAGGAGACCAAGGCCCAGGACAGUAUCUUUUGCUCUGAAGAAGAUAACAGCCUGUAUUUCACAUACAGUGGAAAAUCAAAUGUUCUUGAGGUCAAAGAACUCAACUACCAGGUUAACACGGCAUCCCAGAUUCCCUGGUAUGAGAAACUCACGCAGAUGCAAAUGCCAUGGACCUGGAACUCAGGUCCUAAUUCUCAUGUGUCAGUAAUCCAGAAUCUGAAUUUAAAAGUUCGAAGUGGUCAGAUGCUAGCUAUUAUAGGAAGCACUGGUGGCGGAAAGACAUCCUUGCUUGACGUGAUAACCUGCCGGGAUCACGGAGGCAAAAUCAAGUCUGGACAAAUCAUGAUCAAUAACAAACCCAGCACUCCCCAGCUUGUUAAGAAAUGCAUUGCACACGUGCGGCAGGAUGACCGACUGCUCCCCCACCUGACUGUCAGAGAAACGCUAUUGUUCGUUGCCAAACUGCGCCUUCCAAAGUUUUUCUCAGACUCACAAAAAGAAAAAAGGGUGGAAGAUGUUAUAGCAGAACUACGCUUGCGUCAGUGUGCAAACACGAGGGUAGGCAACGAAUACCUCCGUGGUGUUUCAGGAGGCGAGAGGCGGAGAGUGAGCAUCGGUGUGCAGCUGCUCUGGAACCCAGGAAUACUGAUACUUGAUGAACCCACAUCUGGACUGGACAGUUUUACUGCACACAACCUCGUAAUAACAUUAUCCAGACUGGCCAGAGGAAACAGAUUAGUUCUUCUUUCACUGCAUCAGCCCCGGUCAGAUAUCUUCCAACUCUUUGAUUUAGUUCUCCUGAUGUCUUCUGGAGUCACUGUCUAUUCUGGAACAGCCAAAGACAUGGUCCAGUAUUUCACAGAACUAGGCUAUCCCUGCCCGAGGUACAGCAAUCCUGCAGAUUUCUAUGUUGAUUUGGCCAGCAUUGAUAAACAGACUGCAGAAAAGGAGAUAGAGAGCCGAAAAAGAGCAAAUAUUCUUGCCAGCUUGUUCCUAGAAAAAAUCAAGAAUUUUGAUGAUUUCUUAUGGAAAAUUAAUGAAGACGACAAUGUUGUGAACACGGUCAGCCAAAAAAGUGAUCAGUUACCAGGCGUCUUAAGGCAGUUCACUGUAUUAUUAAGUCGUCAAGUCUCCAAUGACUUCAGAGAUCUUCCAACGCUACUAGUCCAUGGAGUUGAGGCCCUCAUCAUGUCAUUAUUAAUUGGAUUUUUGUACUAUGGCCAUGGAGAAAGCAGACUCUCCAUUCGUGACACAACAGCACUGUUGUACAUGAUAGGUGCACUAAUCCCAUUCACAGUGAUUUUGGAUGUCAUUGCCAAAUGUCAUUCAGAAAGAGCUAUGCUUUAUCAUGACUUGGAAAAUGGAAUGUAUUCUGUUAGCCCAUACUUCUUUGCUAAGAUUUUGGGGGAACUCCCUGAGCAUUGUGCUUUUGUUCUAAUUUAUGGGGUUCCCAUCUAUUGGCUGGCAAACCUCAUGCCUGAACCAGAGCAUUUCCUGCUGAACUUCCUGUCAGUGUGGCUGGCUGUGUAUUGUGCCCGUGUGAUGGCACUUUGGGUGGCAGCACUGUUGCCAACCUUACAGCUCUCAGCUUUCUUUGGCAACGUCCUUUUCACAUCAUUCUACCUGAGUGGUGGUUUUGUGGUAAGCCUGGAAAACCUCUGGACAGUUCCGUUUUGGGUUUCUAAAGUGUCUUUUCUAAGAUGGAAUUUCCAAGGCAUGAUGCAAAUUCAGUUCACUGAAUCCAAAUAUGAAAUGACUGUUGGAAACGUUACUCUUCAAAUUCCAGGAAAACUUGUAAUUAAGUCUAUGGGCCUGGAUUCACAGCCUCUCUACGUAAGCUAUCUCAUCCUUGGUGGCAAUAUUAUUGGUUUCCUGCUUUUAUACUACUUAUCAUUAAGAUUCAUCAAGCAAAAAUCAAACCAAGACUGGUAACAGCAAGACAGGCAGAUGGGGCAGCAGGCUACAGCAUCCGUUGCAAGGAAACAUGGCAAGCCCAAAGUUUGCUUUUGGUAACCGUUGCGGAGGCGCUGGAAGAGAAGAUACCUGCCGAGUUCCCCGCUGUACGAAGCGAGUCCGGUUCGCCACAGGAUGGCAGCAGAAUACCAGGAGUUGGAAGCCAGGUUGUGCUCCUCCAUUCAGACAAACCGUGAUAAAAUUGAGACUUUAACA